AAGGCAUUGAUGGAAAAGGGAAACUUUGAAAAGGCCGAGGAAUACUUCAGUAAAGCCAUUGAAAAGGAUCCCAAAGACGGCAACCUUUAUGUUCAUAAAGGAAUCCUAUUCUUGAAUUCCAGUAACGAUGUGGACAAAGCCAUCAAAUUAUUGGAGGAGGGCAAGACGGCGGACCCCACGUGUCAGUUCGCGUACGAGAUGUUGGGCAGUAUAGCGGUUCAGAAGGGCUUUCUGGCCGACGGUAUCGCCGUAAAACUGACACGCGACCUAAACCGCGUUUGUCUUGACCUAACGCGAGUAGAGAUGAGUGAAUCUCUACGCCGGCUUCGGGUCGUUUUCCGUUGUUUUGAUGAGCUAUAUCUCAAUGGUAGGUUAUUGUAG